AUGGCAGAUACUCCGAACAAUAAUGGCACUCGCCCCGACAGCCCGAAUCAGUCCUUCGUUCAUAACCAGGAAGCUCACUCUGGAACCUCGAGUGAUACUAAUGUAGACGUCGAGAACGUUGACGAGGAGAAAGGCAAGGAUUUCAUUCAGAAACGCUUAACAUUAACGUUUCAAAAUGUUAUCGUACGCGUUACGGCUCCUGAUGAAGCAUUGGGUGAGACUCUUUGGUCCUGGGUUGAUCCUCGUCAAUUGGGUGGUUUGUUCAAGAGAACACAUCGGCCGAAGAGAACUAUCCUACACGAUGUUUCUGGUCAAGUGAACCCUGGCGAAAUGCUUCUGGUGCUUGGUCGACCAGGCUCAGGUUGCACAUCCCUACUUCGUGUGCUUUCUAACGAACGAGAGGCCUUCCAAGAGGUUGAGGGCGAGACGAGAUACGGAAGCAUGAAUCAUAUUCAAGCAAGAAAGUUUCGACAGCAGAUCGUUUUCAACACUGAAGAUGACAUCCACUUCCCAACCCUGACCGUCAACGAGACCAUGAAGUUUGCUCUCCAGAACAAAAUGCCUCGAGAGAGACCUGAACAUGUCGGAAAGAAGGGCGAUUUCGUCCAGGACAUGCGAAACAAGAUACUUGACUCUCUAGGCAUUGGCCACACGCAAAAUACGCUCGUCGGCAAUGAGUUCAUCCGUGGUGUAUCUGGCGGAGAGAGGAAGAGAGUAUCCCUAGCUGAAGUUAUGGCCACCCAGAGUCCCUUGCAGUUCUGGGAUCAGCCAACUCGAGGCCUCGAUUCCAAGACGGCUCUGGAGUUUGUGGAGACUUUGCGACGAGACGUCAAUACAAACGGCAAGUCUGUGGUUUUAACAACCUAUCAAGCCGGAAACGGCAUCUUCGAUGCCUUUGACAAGGUUAUUGUGCUGGCCGAAGGACGUGUCAUCUACUACGGCCUCCGCACCGCCGCCAAGUCGUACUUCGAGGACAUGGGCUUCGUUUGUCCUCGUGGCGCCAACAUUGCCGACUUCCUCACAUCUGUUACCGUCAACACGGAGAGACAGAUUGCUCCCGGAUUUGAAACUCGGGUUCCGAAUACCCCUGAAGAGUUUGAGACUGUUUACAAGAGAAGUGAAAUUUGUCGCUUGAUGAGACAGCUCAUUCAACAACCAGAGAACCUGGGCGAUCAAGUUGAAGAUUUGAAGAUGGCAGUUGAGCGAGAGAAGCGACAGCGGAAAUGGAGACUUGGCAAGAGAGGUGUUUAUACUGCCGGCCUUCGCGAGCAAAUCAUCAACUGCACCCAGCGCCAAUGGCAAACCAUGAUGGGCGACCGCAUGUCUCUUGUCAUCAAGGUCGUUUCCGCCAUCAUCCAAGCUCUCGUCUGCGGCAGCUUGUUCUACAAUCUCCCGCUGACGAGCGAGUCCAUCUUUCUCCGGCCCGGUGCUCUAUUCUUCCCCAUCCUCUACUUCUUAUUGGAGACUAUGUCAGAGACGACAGCCUCGUUCAUGGGCCGCCCUAUCUUGGUGCGCCACAAGCGAUUUGGGUUCUAUCGACCUACGGCCUGUUGUAUCGCCAACGCCAUCACAGAUAUCCCUAUUGUUAUGCUACAGGUUACGUGCUUCACGUUAAUUCUCUACUUCAUGAGUGGGCUUCAAGUCGACGCGGGCAAGUUCUUCACUUGCUGGAUUGUAGUGAACGCAAGCACUCUCUGUUUCCUCCAGCUGUUCCGUGCGGUCGGAGCCAUGUUCAACCAUUUCGGUCUUGCGAGCUAUAUCUCCGGACUAUUGUCCACGAUACUCUUCGUCUACGCAGGUUAUCUGAUCCCAUUCGGCAAGAUGCACCCCUGGUUCCGCUGGAUUUUCUAUCUCAACCCAGCUGCCUACGCAUUCGAGUCCUUGAUGACGAACGAAUUCCAGGGCCUCAAGCUCGAGUGUAUCGCUCCACAGUAUAUUCCCUUUGGUGCUGGGUACGACAGUCAGAAUCGGGACUUUAGAGGCUGCACUGUUGCCGGUAGCGAUGGGUCUGGCAUGAUUGAUGGUGUCGCAUACGUUCAACAGCAGUACGACUAUGCGGUUGGACAUACCUGGCGUGGAUUUGGCGUCUUGAUUGGCUUUUGGAUUUUCCUCAUCGGUCUUACGGCUCUCGGCUUUGAGCUACGGAACAGCCACGGAGGAUCGUCUGUUCUGCUUUACAAGAGAGGGCUACGGACCAAGAAGAGUUCGGACCCCGAAAAGGAAGCCGGUCGGAACACGGAACGGCCUCUGCAAAUGCCUUCUCAAUAUGCGCAUCAACCUUUUCUUGGCAUAACCUGGACUACUUUGUUCAGUAUCAGGCCAGGAAACCUUGUUGCUUUGAUGGGCUGCUCUGGUGCAGGGAAGACGACCCUCCUAGAUGUCCUCGCUCAACGCAAAGAUGCAGGAGAAAUUCGCGGUUCAAUUCUCAUUGAUGGAAAGCCUCAAGGGAUUUCCUUCCAGAGAAUGACUGGCUAUUGCGAACAAAUGGACGUUCAUGAGGCUACUUCAACAGUUAAGGAAGCUCUCAUCUUCUCAGCUGUCUUGCGGCAACCGAGAGAUAUUCCGCACGAGGAGAAAAUUGCCUAUGUUGACCACAUCAUCGAACUGUUGGAGCUUCAGGAUAUCUGUGAUGCCCUUAUUGGAACCCCUGGCGCCGGCCUUAGCAUCGAGCAGCGUAAGCGCGUCACGCUUGGUGUCGAGUUGGUCGCCAAGCCGACUUUACUUUUCCUUGAUGAGCCUACGUCAGGCUUGGACGGCCAGUCUGCUUUCAAUAUCGUUCGUUUCAUGCGACGUCUUGUCGACGGCGGCCAAGCUGUCUUGUGUACGAUUCAUCAACCUUCCGCAGUGCUCUUCGAUGCGUUUGACUCUCUAUUGCUCUUGGCCAAGGGUGGGCACAUGGCGUACUUUGGCGAAACUGGACAAUAUUCCAAGACACUUCUCAGCUACUUUGCCAGGAAUGGUGCCCCUUGCCCAGAAGGUGCGAAUCCUGCCGAACACAUCGUCGAGGUUAUCCAGGGUAAGGGCGAAGUCGACGUUGACUGGGUCGAUGUAUGGAACCGAUCUAUCGAGCGCGAGAAAGCUUUGGAGAAGCUUGAGAAGUUGAACCAAGAAGCUCUGUCAAGGACUCGAGACGAACUGGAGGACACCGCCAGCUUCGCCACAUCUAAAUGGUUCCAGUGGAAGACUGUCCUCAACAGACAGAUGAUUCAGCUCUGGCGAUCUCCGGCAAACAUACUAAUUAUUUGGCAGGACUACGUGUGGAACAAGAUCAACUUGCACAUUUUUGCUGCACUCUUCAGCGGAUUUACUUUCUGGAUGAUUGGAGAUGGCACGUUCGACCUUCAGCUGAGACUCUUCGCCAUAUCCAACUUCAUUUUUGUGGCUCCAGGCUGUAUCAACCAGAUGCAGCCGUAUUUCUUGCACAAUCGAGAUCUGUUUGAGACUCGAGAGAAGAAGUCGAAAACGUAUCACUGGGUUGCUUUUAUCGGAUCGCAGACUGUUGCUGAGAUUCCAUAUUUGAUCAUUUGCGCGACUCUUUACUUUGUCUGUUGGUACUUUACUGCCGGUUUCCCAGUCGAGGCGAAAGUCUCAGGACAUGUUUAUCUCCAGAUGAUCUUCUACGAGUUCUUGUAUACCUCCAUUGGGCAGGCCAUUGCUGCAUACGCGCCAAACGAGUACUUUGCAGCGAUUAUGAACCCGCUGCUCAUCGGAGCUGGAAUGAUCUCGUUCUGCGGUGUCGUAGUCCCGUACGGCGCGAUGCAAGCCUUCUGGAAGUACUGGCUUUACUAUCUUGACCCAUUCCACUAUCUCUUUGGUGGCCUGAUGGGCCCUAUCAUCUGGGACGUAGAAGUCAAAUGUCGUCCCGAGGAGUUUACUUCCUUCCAAGCUCCAGACGGCCACACUUGCGGAGAGUACAUGGCUGAGUUCCUACAUUCGAAUGCCGGUUACGUGGCGUAUCCCAAUGCCACUGGGGCUUGCGACUACUGUGCCUAUUCAACAGGAGCAGACUAUGCAAAGACCUUCAAUCUUCGAGAAGAAUUCUAUGGCUGGAGAGAUACUGGCAUUACUGCGCUCUUCUGCAUCUCCUCCUACGCUCUUGUGUUUUUGAUGAUGAAAUUGAGGAGCAAGAAGACAAAGAGUGCCCGAUCUGACUAA